AUGGCCUCCUCGUCGGCCCUCUCUGUGCCAGACCAGAUCCGCCAGCUCAACGAUGCCCGCAAGCUCGUCCUGGGAGACGUCAAGUACUAUCCGAGCGUGGUCAGAGGCAUCCUGCCCAUCAUUGGGCCCACGGCGCCGAUAGAGCUGCGGCGAUGGGUCACUGAUUUCCUGGCCGAGGCAUUUGCCACGCCGGCGCUGCCCAAUUCCGAGAAGGAGACGAUGCAGCCAUACGUGUUGACGACGCUGGAGUCGCUGAUUGAGCAGGAGGGUGAUGCACAGGUCCUGAGGAAUGUGAUACAGACGGCAGCGAGCAUCUACCCGCUGGCCAUGAGGUGGAUCAUCAACAACAGCUACGACACGGUGACGUGGGAGAGAAUGGUGAGUAUCAAGCACAAGAUUUUGCAGCUGUGGGACAAUGUCCCUCCCACGGUGAGGAUAUGCUGCAUCAAGUUUGCCCAGCGAGUGGUGCUGGCGCAAAGCGUUGCCUCGGGCGCUGAACACAGGUAUGGCGGCGGACUGGAUGUCUCUCUGGACAAAGUCCCGCCCAAUCACCAGACGCUCGAUCCUAGAACUCUCGAGGCAGAGGCAAGUGGGCUGUUGGACCGCAUGUUGAGCAUAUUACAGGGGAACAACGAUGGUCUUCUUGUAGAUGCGACUUUGAACUGCUUGUCCAUCAUGGUGCGGACUCGCCCUGCCACGUCCGGUCGCAUCCUCAAUGCAUUGCUCAACUUCAACCCUCUACAAGCCGCCAACUCACCCCUGACCCCCAAGACCAAGGUGAUGAUCAAGUCCAUGGAAAAGACGGCACGACUGCUGUUGAUUCACCUGAGUAAGCGAGACCCUCACAACCCAAUCGUGCCUAGAAUACAGCAGCAUGUGGAGGGCACAAUGCGUAUGGUAGCCGAGCUCUUCGACAGUGCUGGCCGGAAACGACCCCUGGAGCCCAAGCCACAAGACGGAUAUGAUGCCAAACGCCCGCGGAUCGAGGCCUCCCAGAUCCAGAUCCCCUCCUUGGGCCCAGGCCCCCAUAGCCUGGCCGAUGUCUUUACCCUUAUUGGCAACGAUGGACUCAAGUUCUUCGACGUCUCUCAGGUCCCCCCCAGCCUCGUAGCCAGAAUUGCCGUGAAUACCCUGUCUAGGUUGGACGCCCAGGUCCUCGCAAAGGCUGUAGAUGGCGUUCGCGGCCGACUGGAGAUGCUGAACAAUAGCCCUCCGGCGGAGCUGAAUCCAAACACCGCGCCUCUGGGUGUCGAGGAGGACGAGGACGACUAUGAGCCAGACUUUUACCAGGCAGAGGAUACGGAGCAGAUUCUGAACAAGCUGGAUAACGCCCCGGCGCCGGCCGUGGCCGAACCCAGAAUAAGCCUGGACGACACGUUGGGGCUGAGGUCCUUCAGCCUUCCCCAGCCGCAGCAGUUGACGCCAGAGAUGGCCCUCAACGCGGGCAAUGGCACGGUAACAAGAGUGCUGGACAUGAUGAAGUCUCUAGACGAACCAGCAACGAAGAAGCAAAAGGCCGGCUUCAGCCGCCUUGCAGCGAGCUCCGAGAGCAGGGACUCUUGGAUGACCAUCUUGGCACGUCUCGCAACACGGUCAUCGGCAGGGCUCGAGGAGAUAUCAGUCAAGGCCGAGGCAGACGACUCCAGCCGGCCGUCGUCCCUCAACAACGGCAUCAGGGAGAUUCUCUACAACUACAUCAUGGAAGACUUCCGAAAGCACAUUGACGUCGCGGUAUCAUGGCUUUGCGAGGAGUGGUACAACGACAAGGUGCAGCAAAAGGCCGGGGGCGACCAUCCGCUAUACUACGAAAAGUGCACGCUGCGGCUCAUCGACGGGUUUCUCCCGUACCUGCACCCGCAAGACAAGGUGCUGACGCGGUUUCUGAGCGAGAUUCCCGAGCUGAACCGGGCGAUUCUUUCUCGCGUGAAGCACAUGUGUCGAGAUCCGAGCGUGACGCAGUUGGCGUUGACGAGUUUGCUGUAUUUGGUGAUUAUGCGGCCUCCCAUCAAAGAGGCUGCUCUGGAUACGGUUCAAGAUAUUUGGACAGACUACGAAGAUGCUAGGGCUAUGGCCGGCAAAUAUCUUAGCAAAUAUCGGCCGCUGUUUAUAGAAAAUGCAACAAACCGCGAAAACAAUGAUAGCCCGACACCAGCACCAGCAGGAGCUGCCAUUACCACAUAA